CGGCCUCGCCGCCUCCCACCCACCCGGCCCAGCUGCGUCCGGUUCCCCGGGGGCGGCUCUGAGCCCCGCCGCCGGCGCCGCUGGGCCCCGCGCGGCCUAGUGGGCCGGGCCGUAGCCGGGGGCUGGCGUAGCGCGCGGCCGCCGCAGAGUUGAACCUUGUAAAUACUGUUAUUUGUAUAUACUGUAAAUGAUGACAUCGGUGGGCACUACCCGAGCCCGGGGCAGCUGGGAGCAGACACAGACACAGAGCCAGACGCAGCACAAGCAGCGGCCGCAGGCUACUGCAGAACAGAUUCGACUUGCACAGAUGAUUUCGGACCACAACGAUGCUGACUUUGAGGAGAAGGUGAAACAACUGAUUGACAUCACAGGCAAGAACCAGGAUGAGUGUGUGAUUGCUCUGCAUGACUGCAAUGGGGAUGUCAACAGAGCCAUCAAUGUGCUGCUGGAGGGCAAUCCUGACACGCAUUCCUGGGAAAUGGUUGGGAAGAAGAAAGGUGUCUCAGGACAGAAGGAGAGUGGACAGACGGAACCCAGUGAAGAAAGCAAAGAGAACCGGGAUCGGGAGCGGGAUUUCAGCAGACGACGUGGAGGGCUGCCGAGGCGAGGCCGAGGUGCCACCCGUGGAAGAGAGUUUCGGGGCCAGGAGAAUGGGCUAGAUGGUGGUAAGAGUGGAGGAUCUUCUGGAAGAGGCACAGAAAGAGGGAGGCGGGGACGUGGCCGAGGCCGAGGUGGCUCUGGACGGCGAGGGGGAAGAUUUUCUGCCCAAGGCAUGGGAACUUUCAACCCAGCUGACUAUGCCGAGCCGGCCAGCACGGAUGAGAACUACGGGAACAGCAACAACACGUGGAACAACACUGGGAGCUUUGAGCCCGACGAUGGCACGAGACUUGAUUUCAUUGGGGGUGAGGGGUCAAAUUAUCCCCGAAAAUUUGACACUGCUCCUGGUACGAUACAUCCAGGUGCAUGGAGGGCAGCGACAGAAGAAUGGGGCACGGAGGACUGGAAUGAAGAUCUGUCAGAGACAAAGAUCUUCACAGCCUCCAAUGUGUCUUCAGUGCCUCUGCCUGCUGAGAACGUGACAAUCACAGCUGGACAAAGAAUUGAUCUCGCAGUCCUGCUAGGAAAGACACCCUCUUCUAUGGAGAAUGAGUCAGCAAACCUGGAGUCAUCCCAGACUCCUUCCCUGGCACAGCCACUGGUGUUCAGCAAUUCUAAACAGAGUGCUCUAUCCCAGCCUGCCUCUGGAAACUCCUUCUCUCACCACAGCAUGGUGAGCAUGUUGGGGAAAGGGUUUGGAGAUGUUGGGGAGGCCAAAGGCAGCAGUACCACAGGGUCACAGUUCCUGGAACAGUUCAAGACAGCCCAGGCACUGGCUCAGCUGGCAGCUCAGCACACCCAGCCUGCUGGGAACACCACUGCUGCUUCCUGGGACAUGGCAUCCACCACACAGACUUCGUCUCUGGUGCAGUACGAUCUCAAGAACCCAACAGACUCUUCUGUGCAUAGUCCCUUCACCAAGCGUCAGGGCUUCACAUCAACUUCAACCAUGAUAGAAGUGUUCAUGCAGGAGAAGCAGCCUGUGGUGACUGCCUCCACAACCACACCGGCACCUCCAUCCUCACCUCUGCCCAGCAAAACCAAUCCAGUUCCCCAGAUGUCUCCAGGCUCCUCGGACAACCAGUCCUCAAGUCCCCAACCAGCACAGCAGAAGCUCAAGCAGCAAAAGAAAAAAGCAUCGUUAACAUCAAAGAUUCCUGCCCUUGCAGUGGAAAUGCCUGGCUCUUCAGAUAUCUCAGGGCUAAACCUGCAGUUUGGGGCGUUACAGUUUGGUUCAGAGCCUGUUCUUGCUGAGUAUGAAUCAACGCCCACAACCAGCACCGCUGUUAGCCAGUCUCAGAGCAGCCUCUACACCAGCUCGGCCAGUGAAUCUUCAUCCACAAUUUCGUCCAAUCAAAGCCAGGAGUCUGGUUACCAGAGUGGCACAAUACAGACAGCAACAUUUACCUCCCAGAACAGCGCUCAGGGACCACUGUACGAACAGAGAUCCACCCAGACGAGGCGAUACCCAAAUUCUAUCUCCUCUUCGCCCCAGAAAGAUCUGACCCAGGCUAAGAAUGGUUUCAGUUCUGUACAACCCACGCCAUUACAAACUACACAGGCUGUUGAAGGUGCUACGGGCCCUGCCGUGAAAUCUGACUCCCCCUCUGCUCCCAGUAUUGCCCCUCUCAACGAUGGGGUGUCUGCAUCGUCCUUGCUGACAACAGCCAGUCAACACUCAACAGCUCUGAGCAGCCUGAGCCACAGCGAGGAGCUCCCCAGUACAACCACUGCCCAGCUCAGCAGUGCGUUACCCACCCAGCAGAACAGUCUGUCCUCAUCCACAUCCUCUGGGCGAACAUCAACUUCAACCCUUCUGCACACAAGCGUGGAGAGUGAAGCAAGCCUCCAUUCUUCUGCCAGUACUUUCUCCACCUCCUCCAGCACGGUGUCAGCUGCCCCACCAGUUGUCAGCGUUUCAUCCAGCCUCAGCAGUGUCAGCAGCCUGGGCCUCAGCCUCAGCAGCAACUCCACAGUGACGGCCUCGACUCGUAGCUCUGUUGCAACCACAUCAGGAAAAGCCCCUCCCAAUCUCCCUCCUGGAGUCCCACCGUUGUUGCCUAAUCCAUACAUCAUGGCUCCAGGGUUGCUACAUGCCUACCCGGUGUAUGGAUAUGAUGACUUGCAAAUGCUCCAGACGAGAUUCCCGUUGGAUUACUACAGCAUCCCAUUCCCUACACCCACCACACCACUGACUGGAAGAGAUGGCAGCCUGAGCAGCAAUCCAUACUCUGGUGAUUUAACAAAAUUUGGCCGUGGUGAUGCCUCUUCCCCUGCUCCUGCAACAACUCUGGCUCAGCCUCAGCAGAGCCAGACGCAGACCCACCACACCACGCAGCAGACGUUCCUGAACCCUGCGCUGCCUCCUGGCUACAGUUACACCAGUCUGCCAUACUACACAGGGGUACCAGGGCUCCCCAGCACCUUCCAGUACGGGCCCGCCGUGUUCCCUGUUGCUCCUACCUCUUCCAAGCAGCAUGGUGUGAAUGUCAGCGUCAAUGCAUCAGCAACCCCUUUCCAGCAGCCCAGUGGCUAUGGCUCUCAUGGGUACAGCACUGGUGUAUCCGUGACAUCCAGUAAUACAGGCGUGCCAGACAUCUCGGGCUCUGUCUACUCCAAAACUCAGCAAUCCUUCGAGAAGCAGGGAUUUCACACUGGAACCCCAGCAGCCUCCUUCAACCUGCCUUCGGCGCUGGGCAGCGGCGGCCCCAUCAACCCCGCGACGGCAGCGGCGUACCCCCCCACCCCCUUCAUGCACAUCCUGACCCCGCAUCAGCAGCCUCACUCGCAGAUCCUCCACCACCACCUGCAGCAGGAUGGGCAGCUUCCAUAUUUGCAGAUGAUACUGUGCUGCCAACGCCAGCAGGAAGAUCAGAGCGGCUCCGGGCAGCGCAGCCAAGGCAGCUCCAUCCCCCAGAAAUCCCAGGCCAACAAGUCUGCCUACAACAGCUACAGCUGGGGCGCCAACUGAGGCCGGGCCCUCAGCACCACUCGCUUCCGGAAGAGAACCCCAGUGCCCCCGAUGAUGAGGAAGGACCCCAGGGAGGAGAGAGCCCUGCGGCGGGGAGCGCCCGGGCCCCCAGCCCCAGCAGGGCCCCGCAGGGCAGGCCGCAGGCACCUCUGCGUUGUCUGUCUUCAGCCACUUUCCUGUUGUAUGUAAUAUAGAAUUUGUAUUUUUUCUUUUUUUUCCCUUUUUUUUUUUCUCUCUCUCUCCGCAUUCAGAUCUGAAUCGUUUGCCGUAGGGGCCUUUUUUGGUUUUUACUCCUUUCUAUCCCCUCUCCCAUCCAGCUGCCCCAGAAUCUCUCAGAUCCAAAGGAGUGGAAGCUGCGAGUCGCCUACAGCAAACCCCCUUAUUAUUAGGAUUAAGACCAGUAAUUGAUAUGAGCAGCAUUGUAAGAUUAAUUAGUUGAAGUGUUUUUUUUGUACCGUGUUCUAAAUUUAAUGGAUAAAUGUGUCUUGUAUAUAAAAACAAAAACCCCA